AUGGCCGGCCGAGCGCCCCCGAACCGCGCACCGCCCAACGCCCCGAACGGGUUCCCAGACAUGAACAUGCUGCAAGCCAUGCUCAACGACAAGAAGCGGAACGGCGACACCCACAUUAGCGACGACGACGACAAUGCGUCCGAUGACGAAGACACGUAUGACGACGACGGCAACGUCAACGAGCGCCUCGACAUGUUUGGCAACCCGAUGCCCCGGUCCACGCGCCGCAAGCCGGCGUCGGCGGCGCGCCUCGAGCUGCGUCUCAAGCAAAUGUUUGUGCCCCGGCGCUGCGAAGUGGUCGACUGCGACCUCGACGGCGCCGACGUCAAGCCGUGCGGCAAGUGUCGCUGCGUCUUCUACUGCGGCCGCGACCACCAGCGCCAAGACUGGGCCCGCCACAAGAUCGACUGCAAGCACAUUGCGAGCAUCGGCGUCUCGGGCAUCCCGUACGACGAAGACGAGGAGCUCGAGAAGUUUCCAUUCGACGUGUUCCCGGUCGUCAACUCAACGGUCGACACGUGCUUUGUCUGCGGCGCCGGCGAGAGCGAGGUGCACUUGGGCGUCACCGAGUGCUGCGGCCUCGUCGUCUGCGACAAUGAGCACGAGUACCUCAUGGGCAGCUACAGCCGCAAGCACUGCUGGCGGUCCCACGGAAAGUACACGACGUGCGGCUACCACAAGACGCAGGGCCACAGACACCCGGACUGGCGCACGUGCCCGCACAUGGAGUGCCUGAAGCAGCGCGAGAACCGGUCGGACCCGCGCGGCGGCGGCGGCGGGCGGAGCUGGUACGCGACCAACGGCUUCAACGCGACGCCGAUGCUCGCGUCCGACAUUCCCAAAGGCAGCAUGCUCACCGGCAAGUGCGCGGCGUGCCCGCGGCGCAUCGCCGACGGCUGGGACAACGUGGCGAUGACCAAGAACGGGACGCUGUGCACUGUCUGCGGCAAAGUGCCGCCUGGCGCGCCCCCGGGCGGCGUGUCAUUCCAACUGCACUAGGCGGUGCUAGAUCCUCGAGCCUCUCGACGACCUCCAUCCGACUAUCCAACCAU